AUGUCAACUUUACGUAUCCAAACAGGAGGGAUGAACAUUCGGGUAGGCGGUGGAUGGCCUGAACAAGGUGGGUUUAAAUCACGGGAAAUGGAGCCAGGGACGGGGCGCCGACGGAGCCAGAGGUCCACUACAACCCUACAGACAUAUUAUCCAGCACAGCAAGGACUUGAGUCCGACGACGGCGUAUACAAACACGGUUCCGACGAGGAGGAAUCUCUAAUGAAUGGCAGGCAAAGGCGGGCUUCAGAACUUGAGCCAAUCGAGACCAUCAAGGGCAUCUUCAAGCACAUGUUGGACAAGGUCAAGAAAAAUUAUGAGACAGGACUCGACGACCCGUUGAAUCAGGUGGAAGGCAGACCGAUUUGGACCAGCACGAUGUGCUCAGGCACCAAGUGUCCAAUCAUAGUCUUGGAGCUCUUCCGUGAAUAUGUGGCGGAGGUUGCAAGGGGGAUUCGGGAAACGGGUCAAGAAGCGACACCUGUGUUUGGCAGCAAAGCCAAAAUUUCGACAGAUCUGGAUAUUCUGGUUGCUGGAUUCGUCUGCAAGGACUUUUCACCUCUGAACAACAGCCGCAAGUCUCUUCAACAACGAGACGAGUCUGGACAUACAUCCUUCUCAAUUUACGAGCACAUUGAUAAAGCAAAGCCUAAAAUGGUUUUGUUCGAAAAUUUCAAGAAGAUACCCUGGACCAUUGACGGAGAGCGUCAAAAAUUUGAGGAUGCUUACAUCAAGGAGAUCAGGAAGGACACAAAAUGGAGAAGGGGGAAUCCACCGGUCAAACUUCCGUCGGACUUUGAGAGUCAUUCAAGCUGGUUUGGCGAGACUCACCCUGUUUCGAAGGGCGAAGAAGGAGAAGGAGAAGGAGAAGCCGAGAUCGAGGUGGUCGAACAGACUUGCAAGUCUGCUGUCAAUCUCGAGCUGGAAGAAUGGGCAAAGAUAAUGGAAGCACUCAAGCAUAAAGCAAGCGUACCUGCUGAAGUGAUGUUGCUUGCAGCAUCAGAAGAGACCAAGAACUCAGUCCUACUCUCGGACGAGUCUGGCAAGGACGUACCUUGCGAUAAGUGCAGACUCAGGCAUGAGAGGGUUCAAGACAAGUAUCAACUCGCGGAUGAGCGGAAGCUGACCGGCUGGAAAGAAAGCGGUGGUAGGUGUGUGCCGGACUUUUGGAUCGCCACCAGAAGCAUGACGAACCGAGUGAUGGACUUUCUCGAGAUUUUGCAUUUGCUGAGUCUUAUGCAUGGCAUCGAUGAUCGUUAUUACAGCGACGGUUCACGGCCGACGACUGGGAUUGUUGGAUGUAUCAUACCGUCUGGUAUUAAACGGUGGACUUCCAAAGGUCGCAUGAUCAAUGCAAAAGAAGCCCUCCUUCUCCAAGGGCUGCCCAUCCGUCGAAUGGAUCUCUCAUACCUGAUUGGGCCCUACUUACUGGAACUGGCGGGAAACGCCUUGUCAUCGACGAUCGUUGGCGCUCCUUUGAUUGCCGCUCUCACAACCUUCUCUAGGGUGCUGGGCCGUGACACUGGCAAGAAGAUUUCCCAGCCACCAAGCGACGACCUCCGUGUUCAGAAAUUUGACAAAGCGUACGACCUCACCAAAAUGAGCCCCGCGGAUCUGACAGCUGUCAUCGAGCCAAUUAUAGCUGAAGGUGCUGUCAAAUUGGCUCAAGAAACCUGCGCCCGUUGCCAUUGUGAGGGCUCGGACGCUCUUUUGAUCAAGAAAUUCCUGCGUUGCAAGGUUUGCGAUCAUACCACGUGUGCUGAACACGGAGGGAACAACAGAUAUACAUACCAGAAAGACGAUACUAGUCGCAAAUGGCCUGCUAAGUUUGAAAAGAGAAUCAAAGAGGCACUUCCGAAGGUGAUCAAGUUUACCAACAACUCCUUAGACGACAUUUUCGAAAGGUCCAUAUCAAAGGUUGCCGAAGGGACCUUAAGAUUUCUGGUCGACAUGUUCGGUGGCUUCUCUACAGGAAAGUGCCAUCAGAGACCGGUUUGCACGAUUCAACACGCUUUCAACUCGAAAAAUUUCCAAUCGCAUGUUGUAUCCCACAUGGACAGUGCGAAAUCACCAACGGACAAUGGGAAUUGUGGUUGCCACAAGAAACGGAAAUGCGGUCAAUCCUUCAAUUUCAUGCACCACCGCGCUUCCCUCGACCAUUCGGUGUGUCCAUUGUUCUUGUUCUUCGAUCAUCAACCACAAAACGGAGCUGCCAGUGGCCAUCACUUUGUCUGCACAAAGGACACCAGAAAGCUGGAAUACGGAAAGUAUCGUCAAAUCAUCGCCAACUUCCCUCCCGACUUUGAGCAGCCGCGAUUCGAGCAGAUUCGAGAAGGGGACUUGGUAAAGUACAAGAAAUUGAAGCGGCAGGUCAUUGUCGACCAUGAGGAAGUAGCAUUGGAGGACAAAAGCAAACGGUCUCGAGAAUAAACAAUCCUGCUCGAGAACCGAAAGGAUUGAAUUAACGGUGGAUGGCAGUUGGACAGAUAUCCCGCUCACUAUCGACCUCAACGCUAACCUCUUCGUUGACUAUCGAAAACUCUCUGAGACGGCCGAGGUACUUCCUGAAAUUCCCGCCAAGGAGGUCAAAUGUCACGGCCUCGCCUAUCGCACGGUUUUUGAGUGCGAAGUCACGACCUCCCGUCCUUGUUCAAUCUUGCAUCGAUCGGGAUUCGGGAUAGUUGAACCUUAUUAGCUCAAGAAACCAAGUCAAGCUGGAUGCUUUGAACGAUGCUUCCGCUCCAAAGGUCCCGUACCUUCAAGAUUAGAACCAGAAUAUUAAAGUCCA